CGAAGAAAUCAGUUGUGCUCAUAUAAUUAUUUAGAAAAAACGCUCAAGUAAUCAAAUACCUAUUUAGGAAUAUUAUGCCUGCUUGACAUUGCUUGGUGUUGGUUAUUGAUAAAAGAGUUUUUUAGGUUUUCAUUCGCAGUUCAAACCUCAAUUGGAUCACAAAUUUAAUAAUUAUGAAAAAGGUCAUAUUGACAAAAAGCAAUACCAAACAAUCUCCGUGUACACUGAAGGUAGCCAGCCCUGAUAACACUAAAUCUAAAUUAGCAUAUGCAGAGCUAUUUCGUGCUGUAUUACAAAUACCCGAAAAGGAUGUACAACACCGUAUUUUGGAUGCAGUCAAUGGAUGGUCCUCCACCGAACAGAUAGUACACGCCUUGUGCCCAAACUGUAAACAGACGUUUGGUAAUUCAAUUAAUAACCGCAAGGAAGUAGCCAUACAAACAGAUUUAAAUGCAUCAAAUCCAGCUAUCAAUUUAAUAACGCUUGAAUAUACGCAAAGUGAACUGAAUUCAAAUGCAAAUAGUGAUGAUAGUCGUGAUCGCAGCUCGCCAGCGUUGCAAAAAUCUAUAAUCUCAUCAACAAUGACACCGAAUACAGCAUCAGCACAAGUGAAUUCAAAUCAACUACAUAAAACAUCAGAAUAUCAGUCACAACAACUGAAUAUGCCAAAUGGCCCUACAGAUGCGCUUACUGUGCCAUUGAAAAGAAAGCGGAAGCGAAAAGUGUGUCUGCCACAAGUGGUAAAACGAUCCCACGCACAAAUGGCACAGGCGCAACUGCAACCUAAGCUAAAAUCGAGAAAAGUGGAAAAGCCAAAUAAUCCAGACAUAGACAGUAUCGAGUCUGAUGAUUUAGAUGUAUUAAGUAUAUUUAAUCGACGGGACUCGAUCGGAACCAUUGCAUCAGAUUUUUUGUUGGAAUUGCUGGAUAUGCCAAUUGAGCAUACAUCGAGGGAAGAUCAUAUUAUGCGUCUAAUGGCAGAGGAAUAUCUUAAUGCAGAUAAGCGAACAGAUGGAUUGCUCGCUAUACACCGCACCAUUGUUGCAAAUGACUUGUAUGCAUUACGUAGACAAAUCUUCGUUUGGAAAAAACUUAGACAAGAAGAGGACUUAAAUGGCCUGCUGACCGAUGAGGAUGAGAACUGCUUGAAAUUGGCAAUUUCCCAGGAUUGUUUCCCAAAGAUAAUCGAUGUUCUACUUAAGGAAGGCUUAAAUGUCAACGAAAUCGAUAACUUCUCCAAUACCUGUGUUCAUCUUGCAAUACUCAAUGAAAUUGAAUCGAACUCUUUGCGCUUACUUAUGCAAAAAAUAGACCUAAAACUAUUAUUGCAUCUAAAUGAUGAUGGUUAUACACCACUUCAUGUGGCUGUGCGAACCAAUAGUUACUUGAGUGCAGAAAUAAUUUUAAAUACACUAGACGAACGUCUUAGAACGAAACCUUUAUUCGUUCGAGAUAUACGAAAGGCAUCUACUGAAGCUGAUUUUAAUAAAUAUUAUGAAGAGAUAUGUAGAAAUCUAGCGCAAAAAUAUGGUAAUUUAACAAAAAAUAUACAGCCAAAAUUAAAGAAGGCAUUUUUGGAGACAGGUGAUCGAAAAAGUGGAAAUACAGCUCUAUUUUUCGCAAUUGAAAAUAAGUUAGAGCAUUUCAUAUUCUUUCUGCUGGCGCAUCUUACUGAUCCGCGUGUUUCAAAUUUUUGUGGACAGGAUGCAAAGUCUUAUUAUUCCGAAUUCGGCAAGACACUUCAAUUGAGUUUAAAAGUCGAUAGUGCAAUGGAAAAUGUAUUGACCUUACUUUGCUAAUAUGCACUAAAAAAUAUUAAUACAUAUAAGAUUAAUCGGAAAAUAUUUAUAUGUUUAGGAUAUAAAAAACUAUGAUUAUUGUCUUACAUACUUACACAUGCA